GUAGUGCAGUGCGCGUCUUGGACACGGCGCUGCGCUCUCGGCGCUCCGCCGCUCUGCUCGUCUGAAAGCACACCCCGCCCUCCCUCCACCUCCAUCUCCACCUCAACCAGCGCCGAAACCGCACCACAGGAGGAGAGAAGACAUUCAUCCGCGCCUUUCAUAGUAACCGAGCCGCGCCGUCCCCCAGCCAGACCUCUCACCCAGGACUCCAGCUUCUCUGACCGAUCCGUCCCGGAGGUGCGCCCCGCUCAUCCGCCCGCCUGCCAGCAGCUCCGCUCCGAUUCGCUCCGUUCCGCUCCGCGCCGGGCCGGUCCGAUCGCUUCCCCCUGGAGAACAGUUUAUUCCCUGGAAGCUGGAUGAAUUAUUGGAGAGUUGUGAACAAGUGCGAGAAGACAGCUGAGGCUCGGGAUCUGCCUCAUCGCGCCGUCCGGGGAAGACGAGACUCAGCCAGAGUUGUGGACGAUAAUGGAGGGGACGUCCCUGUAUCUUCCGAUUGUAAUUUUACUGAUGCAAUGUUCCCCCUCCGCUCCUGUCACCGUGUCGACCAACAAACACAAGGUGGAGGUGCAGGAGUUCUCAGACGCGGUGCUGUCCUGCACGUUCCGCACAGAGAGAGACCCGAACCCACGCAUCGAGUGGAAGAAAAAGGGGAAAGAUGUUUCCUUUGUGUACUUUGAUGGACACUUCAAAGGUCCCUUUGAGGGCCGAGCUACCAUUGACGGGGCCACUGUGACGCUGAGAGGCGUGACCCAGGAGGACGCUGGGGAGUACCGCUGUGAGAUCAGUGCUCCUCAUGACUCCGUCAACCUGGGCGAGACCAAUGUAACGCUCAAAGUCCUGGUGCCCCCUCAAACCCCGUCCUGUGAAAUCCCCAGCGGGGCGGUGACAGGCUCAGUGGUGCAGCUGCGUUGUAGGGACCGGCACAGCAUCCCGCCUGCGACAUACUCCUGGUACAAGGACAACCAGCAGAUCAGCCCGCCACGCAAUGCCAACGCCACCUAUCUAAUCAACUCACGCACAGGAGUACUGGAGUUUAAAGCAGUAGCCAAAGAGGACACCGGUCGAUACAGCUGCCUGGCUUCGAACGGAGUGGGACCGCCCAAGAUGUGCGAGGGCAAGCACAUGACGAUAGAGGACGUCAACGUCUCGGCCGUGGUGGCAGCUGUGGUGGUGGUCUGCCUGGUCAUUGUGAUCUGCGGAUGCGGGGGACUCGUCUUACACCGCAACGGUUUCUUCAGCCCAGGACACAGAGGAAGGUCAUUUUGGAUCUCCCAGUGUCAUGGUGCAGCCCACAUCAGCAGCCAAACCCUGCACAGAACUGAGGACACGUCCAAUGUCAACUACAUCCCUCCGCCCCAAGAACCCCAGGAUUUCAAACACACCCAGUCAUUCAUGCUCUGAGAAGCUGGCCUUCCUUUGAGAACACAUCGCCCUCAUGAUAAGGUGCCAAACACUGGAUUUAUUAUCUCUCUGGACUCUGAAUGAGCUCUUCAUCUUCCAGUACAUGCUAAUUUCAAUCUUGUUCCUCUACCACUCCUUUUUGGAUGGCAAGGCUUCUUCUUCCUCUUUCUUUGCAUUGUGUGGGUCGCCUCAGUCAUUGACGUUUUCUGCUCUUAUGGGAUUAAGUACAGUUUUGUGGCGUUCUGCUCCCCCCUGGUGGUCAGAUGAAGAAAUUCCAAUUGAUCUUUUCUGAAUGAUCCAGGGACCAGUGGAGCUUUCUACACACUUUGUUUCCUCCCUCUGCGGGCCAAUUGUUUAAACUACCAUUGCUUUUUGUUUUCUACCAAAGACUGACUGUUUAAUUUAAGGGAUUCAUUUGUUUUAAAAGAGGGAAUUCUGCUUAAAGCCAUAGAGAAAGCAUUGUUUUCAAUCUACUCAAACGAAAAUGCAGUUUACCUCAGCAUCUGCCAAUGUUUUGUCUUCUGUAACACUGGGGCCCCAAGCUUCCCACGGGCCCCGCAAGAUCCCCAUGAUCUUAGUAACAACACGACACCAGACAAAGCCAGUCCAGGACAACAGGAAGCCACUUCAGCUGAUUAUAUUGAGACCAACCCCGUUCCAUCCUAAUGUGCCUGCAUGGUCUUUUUAUAUAUAAACAUACACAUAUACACAUAUAUAUAUAUAUAUAUAUACCUUGUGCCUUUUUAAUUUGUCUGUCAUAUUUAUCUAAGAAUCUCACUUUUUUGUAAAGAACUUGCCUUACUUUUUUCUGUCUUUAUAUUUUUGUGCCACUGUUUGUCAACGUUUUAUCAAAAUGGAGUGUCUGUUUUUAGACAGUGUGUGAAUGGGUUGUUCAGAGUUUUAUUUGAAUGGUGUAUCAGUAAUAAAAGGGUUUUC